CUUCUAGAACACUUUACGGCACUGUUGACAACAAACUGGUUGUCGUCUCAUCCAGUGGGUGUUCGCUGUUUGUGUCUCUCACUUGUAGUUAUGGUUUAGCUUUCAACAAACACUUUCAUUAAAUGAGUGUUUUCGAUUUGUUUCGCGGGUUCUUCGGGGUUCCUGGAGGCCAUUACCGCGGACGAAGGGACCCCUUCUUCGAUGCCAUGACUCAUGACGACGACGACGACGAUGAUGACGAUGAAGAUGGGUUCCGCUACGAUGGGUUCCGAGGGGAGCAGCAGGACCCCUUCGACAGCGCCUGGAGGUUUGGCUUCAGCUUCGGUCCGGACGGGAUGAGGAUCCAGGAGCCUCCUGGUUUUGGUCACGUCCUCAGGGAGAUGGAGGAGAUAUUUACCCAGCUCGGCCGCUGGGAAGGACGGCCAGAGUCUGGACACAGUGGUGUUCCCUUGCUGCCACCACCUCAGGACCGAGCAGAGAGGGGUGAAAGGGGGUCCAGUGGGAACCCCUUGAGAGAUUUUAUGCUCAAAUCCCCUGACAGUGACCCACGAGGACCCCCACCAGGGCCGUCUAGAGAGCCUAGAAACGAUGGCUACCCCUCUCAUGAGCCACCUGGCUCGCCAUUCCACGGCUGGACUCCAUUUUCUAAAUUUAAUGAUAUCUGGAAAAAGGGGCCACAGAGAGGUCCAGAGGAGGGGCCCAGAGAAGACAGAGAUCUGGACUCUGCAGUGUCCGCUGGAGGUCUGGAUCAGAUUCUGACGCCACCUGCUGGUCAGACACCGAACCAACCCAGGAGUCGAUCAUUCUUCCAGUCUGUCACUGUCACCAAGGUGGUGAAGCCUGAUGGGACUGUGGAGGAGAGGCGAACAGUUAGAGACAGUCAAGGCAAAGAAGAGACGACAGUGACCCAUUCAGGAGGUCCUGGGAGUCUGGAGGGACCAGACCAUCAAACUGGACCAGGCGGUCAGCAUCCAUUUUCGGACUUGCGGGACGACGACUCGUUAUUCUCCAAGUUCUUUGGAGGGUUUAGAUAACAUGUGACAGGAUGUAUGUUCUCUGGACUGCUUUGCUUUUGUCCAUUUCAAUCUGUGAGUGUUUCUCUAAAAGCUGUGAGUUUACAGAUUUGUAGGAUUUACAUAUGUGGACAGAACAACUGCAUGACCUACGAUUGCCAAAAUGAAUGAUUCAGAUCUCCGGCCUGUUUUUAAGAUGAAACCAAUAUGUUUUUCUCCCAGCCGAUCACAUUCCUUUAGAUUAGAACCUGCCAAUCCCGACUACUAGUGAUUCUGACAAGUUAAAACACAUCAGACACAAAACAGUACACAAAUACAUAUUUUAUUUUUUGAAUUGUCCUGUAGGAUAUGCUUGUAUGGGUGUGAGUGUGUGUGACAUGUGAAAUAAAGUCUUAAUAUAUUUA